AUGAAAGUUUUGCUUGCACUACUGCUUCUUUUAGCCUUUACAAUAUCUGUUGAGGCUAGCGCUUGUUCUGCUACUAGCCAUGCUGAAUUUACUUUACAAUUUGAUCAUUACUGGAACCCGGACGAACGAAAUUAUAAUGGAGGCAAAUGUGACGAUUUUUCUGCCUGUGAAUAUUACUUUAUUAUUUGUCUAAACACCCAAACUUCAACCGAUCCUUGUACUAUUGGUAGCUUUACAACCAAGUAUUGGGAAAGGAGUCAAAAUGUGUCAUUUUCUAUUGGUGAAGUUAUGAAUAGUACAAGCCAAACAAACCCUCUUAACUUUACAAUCCAAUCCUAUACG